UAUAAAUUCAUUUAUUAAAAUAAUUAAGUCAUUAAUUCAAUUAAUAAAUGAAUUAUAAUUAUUAUUUUAAUUAAUUUCAUUCAAUAGUGAAAAAAAACAUUUCAACAUCACAUAAUCAAUAAACAAUUAAUUUCAAAAGAAAAAAAACAUAUUUACAAAACUAUCAUAAAUCAUUUGAUUGAAUUGAUCAGUUUGAAAAAUAAAAGAAAAAAAACAGGACAAUACAAAAUAAAAUCAAUUGAGAAGUUAUAGAUAUCGAUGUUUUUACCUUCAUAAUUAUUUGAUCAUUCAAUAAAUAAAUAAAUAAAUAAAUAAUUAUUGAUUUAUUUAUUUACAUUCAUUAAUAAAUUAACUAAAAUAAUCCAAUCUAUUCAAUAACUUGAAUCAAAUUGAAUCAUCCAAAUAUUUUGUUAUGCGAAUAACCAUAAUUAAUUCUCAUUCUGAUCAAAAGAAGAAAGAAACACGAUAACAAAUAAACAUGCCUAUACCAAGUAUUCAUGUAAAUUCGAUUGAAGACAAUGGAAAUGAUGACAGACGAAAAAAUAAACCAUCCAUACCGAUACUACAAGUAGUCGGUGACAAUAUGGAUGGACGUGAAAAUGAUGUUAACAGUGAUGAUGAUGACGACGAUGUAAUGACAGCUGAAGAAGAAGCCGCUAUCGCGCGUCGAUUUCUUAGUGGAAACGAUCAAACAGAACAACGCAGAAUGUCUUCAUUGGACAUGUAUCUCUCGCAGCCAGAAGUAAAACAAGAACCCAUGAUAAUUAAUCGUCAUAUAAGUUUGAAAGAAGAAGAAAAAGGCUUUGAGGCAGAGCAAAUGCGACUUCGUCAAAAAGAACGUGAGGAAAUGGAAAAACAUCAAGAACAACUAAGAUUAGAACGUGAAGAGGUUAAAAAAGCCAGAGCGUCCAAAAGACAUUCAAAAGUUACUGAAGAACAAGAGUCCAGUAAAAACAAUCAAGUAAGACGAAUGAAUUAUCAUAAACAAGGUCUUGGAGGUUUAAGUAAAGAGCGUAGAAAAAAAUUGAAGGAAAUGAUCUUGCAAAAAGCAAAAAAUGAACUUCUUGAAGAAAGAAGAAAAGAACUUCGUAACCGUGAAGAUCACAUCAAGAAACAAGCUCCUCCAUUCGACAUUGAUGGUUUAAAUCAGAUGCAACUUGAACAAAAGGUGAAGUCGUGGUACGAACACGUUAAACAAUUGGAAUCACAAAAAUACGAAUGGGAACAAAGAUUACGCAAACAGGAUGAAGAAAUUAACGAAUUGACAGCUCAGUUAUGCUCAAUUAAAGGACACUUUCAAAAACCAAUUCUUCGUAAAGUUGCUAAGCCGAUGUCAACGGAUAGAUUACGCGCGAUGAGUGCCGCACCAAAUUUCAUGCCCAAAACGGGGCAUAAAAAUCCCGUAGAAAUGAAGAGAAAACUGUCGGAUGAUAGUAAUCAGGGUGUAAAAUCAAAUUUGAAUGGGACCGGUGGUGUAUUCGCGAAAAGUUGAUGAGAAAUUAAUGCAAGAAGAACUAUUUCAAAAUAGUGAUGAAUAAGAACCGA